CUAGCGCGACCAGCGACAGCGGCGAGGAACGAGUCGCGGCGCUGGUGGGCCGCGGGCCGGCCGGGCGGCAUGGAGGGGCCGCGGGCCGCCGCGGGCGGGGACGUCUCCCUGCACAACUUCAGCGCGAGGCUGUGGGAGCAGCUGGUCCACUUCCACGUCAUGCGGCUGACGGACUCGCUCUUCCUGUGGGUGGGGGCCACGCCGCACCUGCGCAACCUCGCCGUGGCCAUGUGCAGCCGCUACGACUCCAUCCCUGUGUCCACCUCCCUCCUUGGAGACACUUCCGACACGACCUCCACUGGCCUUGCCCAGCGCUUAGCCAGGAAGACCAACAAGCAGGUGUUUGUCAGCUAUAACCUACAGAAUACUGACAGUAACUUCGCAUUACUUGUAGAAAACAGGAUCAAGGAAGAAAUGGAGGCUUUUCCCGACAAGUUCUAGCUGAGUGGCAGAAGUGAGGAUCUAACUUAUGUCCUAACUUAUGUCCGACAUAUUUUUAAAUAAAUGAAUUGAAUUUCACUGUCA